AUGCUUCCACGCUGGUUGUGUGGAUGUACCCAAACCAUUGAAAAUAAGUUCGAUGACAAGAAAUUGCAAGAUAUCUUCGACAAACGGUGUGCUGCUUUGUUCGAAGAUUUCUCAGUUAAAUUUGAAACUCUAAAGACUGAAUUUCUCAAUUCUGCUUUGGAAAAAAUUUCCGACUUUCCCACUAGUUCUGGAGAAAAUAAUGCCUCAACUACAACAACAUUUGCUGAAGAGGUGAUUCAUGGACCAGAGCAGAAAAUAAUUGUGAAGCCCAAAAAUCCGCAGGAAACUUCCCGUACUAAACAUGACCUUCUUACUUCUGUCAAUCCAGUUGAUCAUGACAUUCAAUUCGAGGAAGUAAGGCAUAUAAAAGAUGGUGGAAUGUUAUUCCAAUGCAGCCAAUCUGCCGAAGCAUCCAAGCUGGAAAAAGUUAUGCAUGAAAAACUGUCUGAUAACUAUAAUGUGCAUAUCCUGAAAACUCUGCAUCCUCAAAUCAGAGUUGUUGGUUAUGCGGAGAACCUUGAUGGAGAAAGUUUACUACAGUACAUACUGAAGCAAAAUGAUACAAUUUUCGGAACAAAUUCUGAUUGUAAAGUUGUUCGUACUGGAGCAACCAAUAAGAACAAAGCAAUUUUUCAAGCCACAUUGCAGUCCAACCAAGAGAUGCGAGAACAAAUGGACUUGAAGGGAUUCAACCCUACCGUGAAACCAUAUGACCAAAAAAAAAAGAUCCAGUACACAAUGGAAAACCUGGAUGGUGGGACGUUGGAGAUAACUUUGGAUCAGGACUCACCUUCUAAGAAGGGUUUCUAA